CGAAAGGCUAAAGGGAAUGCAUGUAGCCUUAAGCUGAUGAAGGUAUAUAAACAUAAGUUAUAAGUUGUCCGUACUUGAAUCUCUUCCUGAAUGGAUUGCCUUCUGCUUAGCUCCAAUUUGUUGCCUUAUACCAACACCAACUCAAGCUUCCACCGCUCCUUUUUUGGGUUGCACAGUUUAGGAUUUGGAGUGACAAAAAAAGGUUGGUGGAAAUUUGGAUGUUUUGCAAUUGGUGGGGAUGGGAUGAGGGGUGCAGAAAACAUGGAGAGUUAUCUGAAGGGAAAAGAUAAUGGGGCUCUUUCUAGUGAGCUUGAUGAAUCAGGUGUGUCAUUUGGAACUGUGAGUGCCGAAAUAACUCAGGAAACGGCAGAUUUCUUCGUCAGCGACACUGAGGGUGAUCCUGACUGCCCUUCUGAAGGUUUCUCCUCCAUUGAUCAGGCCAUCAAUGCUUUACGUCAGGGAAAGUUUGUGAUUGCUGUAGAUGAUGAAAAUGGUGAUAAUGAAGGGGAUCUUAUCAUGGCAGCGACUCUAGUAAACCCUCAGGCUAUUGCUUUCAUGAUCAGGCAUGGUUCUGGAAUUGUGUCUGUGGGCAUGAAGGAAGAAGACCUGGAGAGGCUGAUGAUUCCUAUGAUGUCUCCUAUCACUCAGAUUGAGGAUCUUUCAGCUGCAGCUUCCACAGUAACAGUGGAUGCGAGAGUGGGCACAUCUACUGGUGUGGCAGCUGCGGAUAGGGCAAAAACAAUUCUUGCUCUUUCUUCACCUGAUUCUAAACCAGGAGAUUUUAGAAGACCCGGUCAUGUAUUUCCUCUUAAGUAUAGAAAUGGUGGUGUUCUGAAGAGAGCCGGUCAUACCGAGGCAUCAGUGGACCUGAUUAUUCUAGCUGGUUUACGGCCUGUUUCAGUUCUUUCAACCAUUGUUGAUCCUGGGGACGGUUCCAUGGCAGGACUGCCUGCUUUAAGGAAGAUGGCUAAGGAAUAUAGUUUACCAAUAAUUUCAAUCACUGAUUUGAUCCGGUAUAGAAGGAAGCGUGAGAAACUGGUGGAAAGAAUUGCUGUCUCCCGAUUGCCUACUAAAUGGGGCUUAUUCCAGGCUUAUUGUUAUCAGUCUAAGUUAGAUGGUACCGAGCACAUUGCUGUUGUAAAGGGUGAUAUUGGAGAUGGGCAGGAUGUCCUUGUCAGAGUGCAUUCCGAAUGUCUAACUGGAGACAUCCUUGGAUCUGCUCGGUGUGAUUGUGGCAAUCAGCUAGAUCUCGCAUUGCAACUGAUCGAGAAGGUUGGUAGAGGGGCGUUAGUUUACCUACGCGGUCAUGAAGGAAGAGGCAUCGGAUUGGGACACAAGCUUCGUGCAUACAACUUACAGGACCUAGGACAUGACACAGUUGAAGCAAAUCUGGAACUUGGGCUAGCUGUUGAUGCUCGAGAGUAUGGCAUUGGUGCUCAGAUUCUUAGGGACAUUGGUGUUCGCACGAUGCGCCUGAUGACCAACAACCCGGCCAAGUUUGUAGGACUUAAGGGCUAUGGUCUGGCUGUGGUCGGGCGGGUCCCUGUUAUGUCCCCCAUAACAGAAGAAAACAAGAAAUACCUUGAGACCAAAAGAAUCAAGAUGGGGCAUGUCUAUGGUUCGGAUCUGCCAGGUGAUCUGCCUGGAUUCACAAACCCAGAUGUAAUGAGUACAGGCCAAUCAAAGGAACUGUAAGAUGUUUCCAAUUUUGUUUGGUUCAAAGAUUCUUCCAUUCUUAAUUCUAUUACAAUAAAUAAAAGAACAAAUUAAUUGUGAAAA